AUGGGAUCAACUCCUGCGCCUGGUUUGGGGCGACAGACCUCGUUUGCAGAUAAAACAAAUCGCACACCUGCGCAGAAAAACCGCAGUGUGCAGUUCAAAUUUGAGGACCAAAAGUACAAAUCUGACUAUACGGAUGUUGCCGAAGUCGAUAGUUACGAAAAGUUCAUCCAAGCCAGCCCCAUGCCACCCUUCUCGUACACAGACACUUUCCAGAAGAACACACUCAGCUCAACAGCACACUCGACUCGAAGGUGA